AUCUUAAGCCACACGAUGGAUUCAGAAGCUCAUAAGAGGUCACCAAUCACAACAUCUUCAAACCAAGAUAUAUCACCUCAUAUUACAGAUGAUGGUGGAAUAAAACAUUAUUUGUGUGGCUGCGGCGCAGCUUUCAGCACUGUAGCCAUCACAUUUCCCAUUCAGAAGGUGCUCUUUCGGCAACAGCUGUAUGGAAUCAAAAUCAAGGCUGCGGUGCUUCAGCUGAGGAGGGAUGGACUUCAAAACUUGUAUCGUGGAAGUCUUCCCCCAUUGAUACAGAAGACAACUUCGCUGGCACUUAUGUUUGGUCUGUAUGGGGAUAUAUCUUACUUUCUCCGCAAGCAUAUCCAUUCCCCAGAUGUUGCAACCGGUAGCCUGGCAGCAUUACUUGCAGGGGCAACAGAAGCAAUUUUCACUCCGUUGGAAAGAGUUCAGACACUGCUUCAAGACCACAAGCAUCAUGAUAAAUUUACAAACACUUACCAGGCCUUCAAGGCGCUGAGAUGCCACGGAGUUGGAGAGUACUAUCGAGGCCUGAUGCCUGUGCUUUUCCGCAACGGGUUCAGCAACGUCCUGUUUUUUGGCCUUCGGGGUCCCAUUAAGGAGCACCUGCCGACCUCCGCAACCUACAGCGCGCAUUUGGUCAAUGAUUUUAUCUGUGGAGGCCUAUUGGGUGCCAUGUUGGGAAUCUUAUCUUUUCCCGUUAAUGUUGUAAAAGCUCGCAUGCAGUCUCAAAUUGGUGGGGAAUUUCAGUCUUUUCCCCAGGUUUUCAAAAUAAUCUGGUUAGAACGAGACAGGAAACUGACAAAUCUUUUCAGAGGUGCCCAUCUAAAUUACCACCGGUCCCUCAUCUCUUGGGGCAUAAUCAAUGCAACUUAUGAAUUCCUGUUAAAGGUUAUAUGAAAGAAAUAAUCAACUGAGUUCCACUUACCAAUUGACUAGAUCUUCAAAGAAGAACGUAGUUUG